GAUCAUGACCUGAGCUGAAAUCAAGAGCGAGGCUUAACUGACUGAGUCAUCCAGGUGCCCCCACAUGUAUAUUUUUAAAAUAUGUGAGAAAAAGGUAAUGACAUUACUAACUAUAGUUAACUGAAUUCAAAAGUAUUUACAAGAGUAAAGGAGAUAAUAUAUUUGAAAUUCUCAAGAAAUGGCCUAAAUAAAAUAUUAUUUCUUCAAUUCAGGACAUCUUUCUUCAACCUCCCUUCAGUUCAAGACAUUUUAAUAGAGUCUUCUUGUCAGCAUUCAAAACAGCACUAAUUAAAUGCCCUGUAUAGACUUUGUUUGGAUCGUGAUUCAAACAAACCAACAGUAAAAAACAUUUUGGAGAAAAAUGAGGAAUACCAAACACAGACUGAGUAUAAAGUAUAUCAAGGAAUUAUUGCUAAAUUUGCUGGUUUUAAUAGUGGUAUCGUAUUUAUAUUUUAAAGCCUUUAUCUAUGAGAGAUACUUGGUGAAGUAUUUAGAGGUAAAGAUAUAUGAUGUCUGGGAUUUGCUUUAAAAUACUCCAGAGGUAUUCAUGAAUUAUUUGUUGAAAGAAAACAGAAUUUUUAAAAAAAAUUCAUGGAAACACAUGGUGGCGCUGUAGGAUAAGAUGAAAUCAGUGCAUGGACAACACUGUGGGCUCCAUUAUUCAGGGAACAGAGAACAUCCAAGCCACUGAGAAGAGAGGGAGUAAAGGAGCUUCAUCUACUAAAGCUGCUAGAGGACUAUAUACUCUCCGGGGGGGGGGGGGGGAAUCUUAUUUUUUAAAAUUCAGCUUCAGCUUCCAAAAUUAGGGUUGAACUUAAAUUUUUCUACAAAAGAGGUUGCUGGAAGGAGCCAUGGAGAUCAAAGGGGUGCUCGCUCUGCAGAAAAGGCAAGUCCUGAUUCUCUUUGUUUUGCUGGGAUUAUCUCAGGCGGGUCCUGAAUCGGUGCGAUAUUCAGUGGCAGAGGAAACAGAAGUUGGUUCUUUUGUGGCAAAUCUUGCAAGGGAUCUAGGGCUUGGGGUAGAGGAGCUGUCCUCACGGGAGGCCCGGGUAGUGUCUGAUGAUAAUGAAAAGCACUUACAACUUGAUUUACUGACGGGGGAUUUGCUCCUAAAUGAGAAACUGGACCGAGAAGAGCUCUGUGGCUUCACCGAGCCGUGUGUGCUACAUUUUCAGAUGGUAUUGGAAAAUCCUUUAGAGUUUUUUCGGGGUGAGCUGCAUGUCAAAGACAUAAAUGAUCACUCCCCUAUGUUUCUAGACAAGGAAAUACUUAUUAAAAUAUCAGAAAGUACCAGUAGUGGAACCACAUUCCUAAUGGAGAGUGCCCAAGAUUUGGAUGUAGGAACCAACAGUCUCCAAAACUACACACUUAGCCUUAAUUCUCAUUUCUACAUUAAAAUUCGAGACAGUGGUGAUGGAAAGAUAUACCCAGAACUGGUCCUGGACAGAGCAUUAGAUCAUGAGGAGGAGCCUGAGCUCACAUUAACACUCAUAGCACUGGAUGGUGGAUCUCCACCCAGGACUGGAACAACUUUGGUUCUCAUCAAGGUCUUGGACAUCAAUGACAAUGCCCCUGAGUUUGCUCAGAGGCUCUAUGAAGUACAUGUCCUGGAGGACACACCUGCUGGCUCCUGGAUUAUCACCAUUUCUGCUAAGGAUAUGGAUUCAGGAAAUUAUGGGAAAAUAUCAUACACAUUUUUGCAUGCAUCAGAAGAUAUUCGUAAAACAUUUGAAAUCAAUCCAAUAUCUGGGGAGGUUCACUUGAGAUCAUGCCUGGAUUUUGAAGUAAUACAGUUCUACACUAUAAAUAUUCAGGCAACAGAUGGUGGGGGUCUUUCAGAAGAAUGCAGUCUUCUGGUUAAAGUAGUAGAUAUAAAUGAUAAUGCACCAGAAGUGACCAUCUCAUCAUUUACAAAGACAAUUCCAGAGAACGCCUCAGAGACUCUGGUUGCUCUUUUCAGCGUCCGAGACCAAGAUGCCGGGGACAAUGGGAGGAUGGUUUGCUCUAUUCAAGACGAGCUCCCUUUUUUUCUGAAACCAACCUUCAAGAACUUUUUCACUCUAGUUUCGGAAAAAGCACUGGACAGAGAGACAAGAUCUGAGUACAACAUCACCAUCACCGUCACCGACUUAGGGACCCCC